UUUUUUUUUUAGGUCUUCUUUCCCUCGGCGUUGCUCUGUUUUUUUCCCCUCCUGUUCAUGCGUAUUUGUGUGUUUUGUCAUAUGGUGCUUUUGGUCUGUGCGCUGUUGCGUUUUUUCCCCCUUCUGCUCCCCCACCCUUUGCUAUAUAGCUUGCACUCCGAAAAAAAAUAGAAAGGAACUGCCCCUUCCCCAAAAAAAUAAGCUCUUCUGUUCUUUGUUCUUGGUAUGUUGCCGUUGCCUAUCUCUAUAUGAUUUGGCUUUUUUUUCGUUCAGACAGAUUUUGCUUCUUUCGCUGUUGCUUGAUAAAGUUCCUGUCUUUUUGGGUUAUGGUUUACUUUAUGAAUUGGAAGGAAAUCUGUUUUCCUUUUGGAGGGAAGUCGGAGGGGGAGCAUUCUAAUUUCUAAGGGUUACUUCGCUGACCAUGGAGCCUUUGCCUGUGUCUGAGAUCCAUAGUUCCCUUCCUCAGUGGACGUCUGUGAUCCAGGUCAUAGAGGCGUCUCAUACUAAAACUACCCAUGCAGCCCGUGCAUCGAGAGUUUAUCGCCGCUUUGUUUUUGCUGAUUCGCACGGUGUAAAGGUCUCCGCUGUUGCCUUUGAUGGUAAUGUUGCUCGUAUUGAAGGUUUACUUGUUCCUUUCAAGAAAUACUGCAUUGGUGGUGCUUCUGUUGAGGAAAUUCCCAAACCUACUCUUCCAGAUUUGUACCGCUUUUUUUGGAUUAUAAAUAAAGAUACUUUGAUCAGAGAGGUUUUUGAGCCUGAUAUGCCGAGCCUUCCGCCUUAUUUUCAUCUUACGCCUUUCACCUCUUUCCAACAUUUGGCUGACAGCCAAGCCUCUAUAAACAUGAUGGGAGUUGUUUUAUAUGCUUUGCCAAAAAGGGAGUCCCAUUUAGAUGCUCCUUUAGUUGCUACCAGAGACUACGUUGUUGUUGAUCAGAGUAAUAUGCCUAUUCUUUUGACGCUAAACGGUGAUCUCGAGUCUGGAGCGGGAGAUGCUAUUUCAGAUUCAAUUGCCUCCAUUGAAUCGAAGCCAGUUAUUAUUGCUGUUAGAGUCAGGGUUAAGACCGACAAUUAUUUGUCCCUUUGUACUAAGGCUACUUCAACCAUUUUGGUUUCUCCGAGAAUUCAGGAAGCCGCCCGUCUUGAACACUGGUAUCGCAGCAAUCGUUCUGCACUAAUGUCUUCGGUUUUGGAAAAACAUUACUGCGACCCCCUUCUACUACUUCCUCCUGUUAGCGACGCCAUGCUGUCUUCUAUUUCCGACGUUGUCGCACCAACUCAAUUUCCUAUGGGUGCUUCGUGGAUUAAGGGCCGAGUUUCUGUUGAUCGCUUGCAUCGGCUCUGGCAUUUGGCUUGCCCCUACUGCUUCACACCCAAUAACUUUAUUGAGACUCUGGGAAUUUCUUGUGUUGCCUUUCUUAAGGAUCUUUAUGUUUUUCCUAGAGCACGUGUUAAGUUAGUUGUUACUUAUGGUACUGCUUCCAUCAAUGUCAUUGCCUUGGGUUAUGAGGCUGAGAAGCUGAUAGGCUUCACUGCAUACCAGCUUAGUCAAGCUGAACAUGAGGGUGUUACCCUAAACCUCCGGGUUGCCGAUGCGCUCGAUGGAAGGGUCUUGUGCUGCUAUGUUAGCCGUUCUCCUGAAUCCGUUCAAUUGGCCGGAGUCAGCUUUACUAUUGUUACAUCUUAUUGGGUUGGAGAUGCUAUACCUGUAAAUGAUUAGCGUGUACCUUAGCUCAUAACAGUUUUAUACUUUUAGUCUACUUUGUCCAA